GAGACCCCGCGGGCCCAACGCCCUCCGCCCAACCCCACGGCCGGUGCGCCCUGCAGAGGAAGGGCUGGACGGUGGGGUGGGCGGCGGGUCGGUUACCUCUUCCUGUCUCACCGCGGGCGGCGCGAGGUUUUUCGAGCUGUAUGGCGGGAGCUGGGGACGAGCGUGAGCCAGGCCCCGCGGCGGGGGAACCGCAGCAGCCGCCACCCGCCUCCUUCCAGGUCUUCCCCGAGCGGCCGGCGCAGGAGAAGCCCCAGCAAGGGCUCCUCUCCAGCUUCUUCACCCACAACCAGAAGUGCCAGCUCAUGCUCCUCAGGACGCUGCAGACAAAUCCAUAUGUCAAACUUCUACUUGAUGCUAUGAAGCAUUCAGGUUGUGCUGUUAACAGAGACAGGCACUUUUCUUGUGAAGAUUGUAGUGGAAAUGUCAGUGGAGGUUUUGAUGCUUCAACAUCUCAGAUUGUUCUGUGCCAGAAUAAUAUUGGUAAUCAGGACCAUAUGGACAGAGUGGUCACACACGAACUCAUUCAUGCAUUUGACCACUGUCGCGCUCAUGUGCACUGGUUCACCAAUGUCAGACAUUUGGCCUGCUCUGAGAUUCGAGCUGCUAACCUUAGUGGGGACUGUUCACUUGUAAAUGAAAUAUUCCGGCUCCAUUUUGGAUUAAAACGACACCACCAGACUUGUGUGCGAGACAGAGCCAUUCUUUCUAUCCUGGCUGUCAGGAAUAUCAGCAGAGAAAUAGCUGAGAAGGCUGUUGAUGAAGUCUUUGAGUCUUGUUUCAAUGACCACGAACCUUUUGGAAGGAUUCCACAUAGCAAGAUCUAUGCAAAAUACGCUCACAGAGACUUCCAGAAUCGUGAUCGGUAUUACUCAAAUAUAUGAAGGCAAGACGAUGUAUGUUUUAUAUGAAGGCAAGGACGAUGUAUGUUUUAGUGCUUUAGUGAUCAUGAAGAAAAGAUGACUGUUAAGGAAACAUAUAUAAAACGUAAACGAUCAACUGAGUCUAGAUAAAACAGGAUACUGCUUUUAAGAUACAAUCAGAGGACUUACCUGCCAAAAAAGAAACUGCUUUGAACUCCAAGUCACAGCUUAUAUCUUUGUAGCUAAUCAAUUGGUAAAUGAGACAAAUAAAUAAAUGAAAUUUUUGUAUUUUC